GACACUAUUCGCUGUAGUUUGGAAAGAAAAAAAAUCCACCGCUAUCCAGCAUUUGUCUUGGAGGACACCUCAGCAAUAGGAAAAAUGUCUAUUUUCCCUAAGUUAUCUCUGAAGCCUGAGGUCGAAAACUAUCUCAAAGAGGGCUUUAUGAAUGAGGAGGUUGUAACUUUUUUGGGUAAACAAGAAGCUGAAAGGAAGUUCGAAACUCUGUUAAAUCACCUGUCACACCCUCCAUCCUUCACAACUGUCAGAGUGAAUACACAUUUAGCCUCUAUACAACAUGUGAAAAAUCUCUUACUUGAGGAACUUCAGAAGCAGUUUAAUGGAUUAAGUGUUCCUGUUCUUCAGCAUCCAGACCUUCAGGAAGUCUUACUCAUUCCUGUUAUUGGACCUAGAAAAGAUAUAAAAAAACAACAGUGUGAAGCCACUGUUGGAGCCCAGUGUGGCAACGCAGUGUUAAGAGGAGCCCAUGUCUAUGUUCCAGGAAUUGUGUCAGCUUCAAAAUUUAUGAAAGCUGGAGAUGUUAUUUCUGUAUACUCUGAUAUUAAAGGAAAAUGUAAGAAAGGAGCCAAAGAAUUUGAUGGAUCAAAAGUAUUUCUUGGAAAUGGGAUUUCUGAAUUAAGCCGCAAUGAACUCUUCAGUGGGCUACCUGAACUGAAAGGAAUAGGUAUAAAAAUGACAGAACCAGUAUAUCUCAGCCCUUCAUUUGACAAUGUACUACCUAGUUACUUAUUUUUACAGAAUUUGCCAUCUACUGUAGUAUCUCAUGUUCUGAAUCCUCAACCUGGAGAGAAGAUUCUAGACUUGUGUGCAGCACCAGGAGGCAAAACAACACACAUUGCAGCAUUAAUGCAUGAUCAGGGAGAAGUAAUAGCACUAGAUAAAAUAUCCAACAAAGUAGAAAAAAUAAAACAGAAUGCUUUGUUGUUGGGAUUGAAUUCCAUCAGGGCAUUUUGCUUUGAUGGAACAAAGGCUCUUAAACAUGAGAUGGUUGAGGACACAGAAGGGAAACCUCCAUUCUUACCAGAAUCUUUUGACCGAAUUCUUCUCGAUGCACCCUGUAGUGGAAUGGGACAGAGACCAAACAUGGCUUGUACUUGGACUUUGAAGGAAGUGACAUCAUAUCAACCUUUACAACGAAAACUCUUUUCUGUGGCAGUUCAACUCCUGAAGCCAGGAGGUGUGCUGGUUUACAGCACGUGCACUAUAACGCUGGCAGAAAAUGAGGAACAAGUUGCCUGGGCCCUCAGAACAUUUCCUUGCCUUCAGCUUCAGCCACAGGAACCACAGAUUGGAGGAGAAGGAAUGAUGGGAGCAGGCCUAUCAUUUGAACAAUUGAAACAGCUGCAGCGAUUUGAUCCAUCUGUUGUGCCAUUACAGGACACUGACAUUAAUUCUCUCAGAGAUACUAGAAUAGAAGACAUGAUUUGGCUGGCAAAUAAAGAUUGUAUAGGUUUUUUUAUUGCAAAAUUUGUUAAGUGGAAAAGAACAUAGGAAAAGGAUAUUCAGAAAUUAAAAUUCCAAAUAUUUGCGUUUUUUUUUUUUUUAAAGCAGAGUGUUGUCAGGCCAACUGAUUGAUGGCAUGGUUGCUAAGGAAAUAGAAAAGGCUGCCAGCUGUUUGAACAGGGAUCAAGAGACAGAAGAAGUAGUGAAGGGGGUGGUAUAAAGUUAUAUUUUAUGUUUUGAAACAAUUUUUUCUUUAUGCAUUUGGCAAAGUAUAAAGAAAAGAAGAUGCCUGCAGAUGUCUACAACACAUUUUCAGUUGGGGUCUUGUGUUUAUUUUGUAAAGAAUCCAACUCAGUUUUUCUGUUAAAAAUUAGUGAAUCUAACGAAGGGAUAAAAUUGACAAUAUUU